UCCUCUAUCGAUACAUUUGCAUGUUUGUUAACUGAGAAAUUUUCACAUGCUUAAAAACACAGACAUGAACGACCUUUCUUUGGCUUGUCACAUAUAUCCCUCAUGCAACACUCAUGAUCCUCAAUCCUAUAUAACAUGCACACAACCCUCCUCUUUCUGAAUGAGAACUAAUCCAACACAAAUCAAUGGAGUCGAAGAGCGCGCGAGCCACCGCCAUCGUCGUCCUAGCCCUAAUGCUCGUCUUUCUUGCGGAAACGAGCUCCGCAUUGUCGUACAAGCAGUGCUACGAGGCCUGCUACCACCCGUGCAGGGCCAACGGAGAACCGAGGUGGAUUUGUAAAAUAAAAUGCUUCACCACCUGUCUCUCAUCUUCAAGUGUUGCCGGCAAAUGCUACGAUUUGUGUUUCCGCUCUUCAUGCAGCCAUCCUGGUAACUCAGAUGAGAAGGCGAUGGGUAAGUGCAUGGACAAAUGCUUCAGUAUGUGUGGCAAACAGUGAUCAAGCUUCUCUCUCGAGCAAAUGCGCGUGGCGAUGUCAUAAUUAAAUCCAAAUUAAGCUAUAUUUGUUCUAUUGAGUGUUUCACCCAAUUAUGGGAGGUAAAUAAAGGCAAAAUGUG